AUGGACUGUGGAUAUUCAACAAAAGCUCAGCUACAGAAACAACCUGUCUUUGAAUCUAAAGAAGCUGCUCGAUGUGUUUACAGGAUCCCUGCUCUUCUGUAUGAGAGAGAAAGUAAAACUUUACUUGCCUUUGCAGAGCAGAGGAAGACUCCAGAUGAUGCCAGUGGAGAAAAGCUGGUUAUGAAAACAGGACAGAUCAAGGAGGGAUCCUCUGAGAAGACGGUUGAGUGGUCAGAGCUCAAAGAGGUGGAAAAGGCACUUAUUAAAGGACACCGUCCAAUGAACCCCUGCCCGGUGUAUGACAAGAUCAACAGGAAACUUUUCCUGUUUUUCAUCUGUGUUGAAGACGGUAUCACUGAGAGGUACCAGAUAAACAGCAAUGACAACAGGACCCGUCUCUGCUACAUCACAAGUGAUGAUCUUGGAGAAACCUGGAACAAUGUGAUCGAUUUGAUGGACGAACUGAGUGAAAUAAAAAACUGGGCCACAUUUGCUGUUGGGCCAGGCCAUGGGAUUCAAACAGAGAGUGGUAAACUGAUUAUCCCAGUUUAUGCUUAUUGCAGAAGUACUGGCCACUUGCGCUGUUGUAAAUCAUAUGCACUCUCACUGUAUUAUGAUCCUGAUAAAAGUUGGAAAUUUGGUCAAACGUUGCAAUCAGAAUCAGGCGAAUGUCAAAUGGCAGAGGUUUUUGAAGACAACGGCUCCAGUUUCAUUUAUUGCAAUGCUCGCAGCUUCCACUCCUCUCGACUGGAAGCUGUCAGUGAGAAUACAGGUUUUACCUUCACCAAAUCCAGUUGCACUAAGCUUACAGAAACAAAGCGCUAUUCAGGCUGUCACGGAAGUGUGGUCUCCUUUCCAGCUCAAGAACAAAGUGGAACUGCACAAAGUGAUCCAAACCGAAACAAGUGGCUGCUGUUCACACACCCAACCAGUAAGUCAGACAGGAUUGAUCUCGGUGUGUAUGUGAACAAAUACCCACGUGAUCCAAAGGCAUGGAGCCACCCCUGCAUCAUUAAUGAUGGAUGCAGUGGUUACUCAGACCUGGCUUACAUUGACGAUGGCUGGUUUGCAUGUCUGUUUGAGUGUGGGCAGCACAAAAUACAUGAGCAGAUAGCCUCUGUUGUAUUUAGCUAUGAGGACAUCACCAAGAAAUAA